ACACCUCCCAGUUUAGACAGUGGGUCAGUGUUUUAGGUUUCAGCAAGAAAUGGGUUGUUGCUGCCCCAGAAAGGUGAUAGUUGACUCUCAGGAUAAUGAGAGGCGUCCAUUAGUAUUAUCAGUAACAGUUCCUGCAGCACCACAAAGCACAGGAUUAGUAGAGAGUCAAAUCCACAACCAGCAACCCUCACCUCCUAACACUCAGCCUCAGGUAGCAGCAGCAGCAGCAGCAGCAACUCUGCCUCCCUCUGCCUUUAAAUACCUCGACAGGAGAGAGCAGCAACGGGUAGAGCUCCCUAACCUCCACGAUGAUGCCCCUCAACUACAACAGAAAUUCAGCGAUAUAUGUCAACUCUACAACGAUACCAUUUACACAAACAUGGAGAAGCUAUGCGAGUGUGUGGCCCUUUUCAAACGCACACUUGGAGUAUCCAGUCAACUUCACAUGAGGGAAUGCUUUAGAAACUGGCGCUCGCGUAUAAUAAACCCGGUGUUUAGAGUAACCCUCACAGACGAUAAAAAACUAGUCAAAGAAAUAGUUGUGAGGGCAGAGCGAGGUAACAUACCUCAAGAGAUUUGGGAGGCACAGAAAUACAUACGAGAGACACUUGACAUCUCAAUUGUCUUCCUCAGCCAGUAUCGGUUCAUAGAGCAAUCGGUUAAUGAGGGAUUGCACAAAGCUAGGAAGCUGUUAUCUGAUGCAGCUGCUAACAAGUCAUUGGAACCUCCCGUCUUAGAGAAAGCCCAAUCUUUAUUGGAACAGUAUCAGUUUGCCUUUGGACAGAUGUCAAGAUUUAAUGACGAGGUGACACACUUAAUGAAUGAGAUUAAAGACUCAGUUGAUGCAUUGAGAGAUUAACUUAUUAUUAUUAUUAUGGUGUGGAAAAUGGCGUGGGAUUGAGUAUAUGUGUGCAUUAUUAUUAUUAUUAUUCUAUUAAUUAAUAUUAUUAUUAUUUCCAUUGUGUAACCCACAAUAUAUUAUGUAUGAUUAUUCCUGUACAAUUUUGGGCAUCUUUUAAUUUUAUUGAUACAACUAUAAAUGAAAUGACAAAUAAUAAUUAUGAAGGAAGAAAAAAUAAAUGGGUCAGGUGCUACUGUAUAUCAUUUAA